GGAGCGGACCGGAGACCCCGGAGCCCCCAACUUUGUGGUGGUCCGCAGCCCGCAGCAAGCUCCGCGGAGCCUCACAACACAGUCAUCUCCCUGAAAGUUUUUUUUCUUCAGCGAACAAAGGAUGGCGAAUUUCCGCGGCGCUGUCGGGGACCUCCGUUCAUGAUUUCGCACCGCAGUGAGUGAGGGAACUGUUCACGAGAACCGUCGUAGGCCCGCUCAAAGCCUGCGGGUUUCCUGCGAGGAGUGUCCCGCACGAGAGGCCAAUUCCCGCGGCUGCGUCCAACACCUCAGCCAGCUGCGGAGAUCUGGAGCAGAGUCGGGAAACAGCGACGCCUGGUGACGGAGAGGGAACAUGACAGGUGUUUGUGGCUGCUGUGGGGCCCUGAGACCCCGAUACAAGAGACUCGUGGACAACAUCUUUCCAGAGGACCCUGAGGACGGCCUGGUGAAAGCCAACAUGGAGAAGCUGACCUUUUAUGCCCUGUCGGCCCCAGAGAAGUUGGACCGCAUCGGAGCCUACCUAUCUGAGAGGCUGUCGCGAGACGUAGCCAGGCACAGAUACGGGUAUGUGUGCAUUGCCAUGGAGGCCCUGGACCAGUUGUUGAUGGCCUGUCACUGUCAGAGCAUCAACCUGUUUGUGGAGAGCUUCCUAAAGAUGGUGCGCAAGCUGUUGGAAGCUGACAAGCCCAACCUGCAGAUCCUUGGCACCAACUCUUUUGUGAAGUUUGCCAAUAUUGAGGAGGACACACCUUCUUACCAUCGCAGCUACGACUUCUUUGUCUCCCGCUUCAGUGAGAUGUGCCACUCGAGCUACGAAGACCCGGAUAUCCGCACAAAGAUCCGUAUGGCAGGCAUCAAGGGCCUGCAGGGUGUGGUGCGAAAGACGGUGAACGAUGAGCUCCAGGCCAAUAUCUGGGACCCGCAGCACAUGGACAAGAUUGUGCCCUCUCUGCUAUUCAACCUUCAGCAAGGCGAGGGCACUGAGAGCCGCUCGCCAUCACCGCUACAGGCCUCUGAGAGGGAGAAGGAGAAGGAGAGCCCGGCCGAGCUGACGGAGCGCUGUUUCCGGGAGCUGCUGGGACGUGCUGCCUAUGGCAACAUCAAGAACGCCGUCACACCCGUGCUCACGCAUCUGGAUAAUCACUCACUUUGGGAGAGCAAGACCUUCGCCGUUCGCUGCUUCAAGAUCAUCAUGUAUUCUAUCCAGUCCCAACACUCGCACCUGGUCAUCCAGCAGCUCUUGAGUCACCUGGAUGCCAACAGCAAGAACUCAGCCACAGUGAGGGCUGGAAUAGUGGAGGUGCUGUUGGAGGCAGCUGCCAUAGCAGCCAGUGGUUCCGUCGGCCCCACAGUGCUGGAGGUGUUCAACACCCUGCUGAGGCAACUGCGUCUCAGUGUGGACUAUGAACUCACGGGCUCCUACGACUCCUGUGGGAACAUAGGCUCCAAGAUCAUCAAGGAACACGAGGAGAGGCAACUUCAGGAAGCUGUCAUCAAAACUAUCGGCUCGUUUGCCAACACGCUGCCCACGUACCAGCGCUCAGAAGUCAUGCUGUUCAUCAUGGGCAAGAUCCCUGUGCCUGGGAUGCACCCUGUAUUGGCAUCAGAAAAGUCUGGGUUGGAGGGUAAUCGGAUGAUUCAAGUCAUGCUACUCAAGUCACUGUUACAGGUCACUACAGGAUUCCAGACCACCAACAUGCUAACGGCGCUGCCAAGCUCCUUCCUGGACCCUCUUCUGGCCUUCACUCUGAUGGAAGAUGCAGAAAUCCGGCUGCUGGUCCUGGAAAUCUUGGUCAGCCUCAUCGAUCGGCAUGACAACUGGCCCAAGUUCACUUCCAUCAGCAUAAUCUCUGACAUCGCAGUUCUGAAAUUGAAAGUGGACAAGUGCUCCCGACAGGAUAAUCUCUUCAUGAAAAAGCAUGCCCAGCAACUGUACCGGCACAUUUUCCUGGCCUGCAAGGAGGAGAGCAGCAGCCAGCCGCACUUUGAGGCCCUUUAUGCGUUGCUGGCACUCCUGAGCAUUGAGCUAGCCAAUGAGGAGGUGGUGGUGGACCUCAUCCGCCUGGCCCUGGCACUGCAGGAUCUGGCCCUGGCCAAUGAGGAGACGCUCCCCAUAUACAACCGCUGUGCCAUCCACGCCCUUUCUGCCUCCUACCUGAACCUCAUCUGCCAGUUGACCACCGUGCCCGCCUUCUGCCAGCAUGUACAAGAGGUGAUUGAGAUGCGACAGAAAGAAGUUCCUUUCUUACUGCCUGAAGAUGUGUUUAUAGAAAGCCCCAGAAUUCCCAAAACCCUGGAGAAGCUGGAGGGUCACGUACUGUUUCUUCAGUCUAAAAUCACUGAAGUUUUGGGUGGCAGCGGCUACAACACAGAUCGACUGGCCACUCCAUACGUUCCAUUACCUACAGAUGAAGAUCGCCUGUCCAAGAGAAAGAGCAUUGGGGAAACUAUCUCCCUGCAGGUGGAGGUGGAGUCCCGGAACAGCCCUGAAAAAGAGGAGAGAACUCCAGCUGAAGAGAUCACAUUUGAAACUCUGAAAAAUGCUAUUGUGGACAGUGUUGGUAUGGAGGAGCAGGAAAGGGAACGCAGAAGGCAGGUUGUGGAGAAGUUCCAGAAGGCCCCUUUUGAAGAAAUAGCUGCACACUGUGGUGCUCGGGCCACACUACUGCAAAGCAAACUCAAUCAGAUCUUUGAGAUAACCAUCAGGCCGCCACCCAGCCCUUCCGGCACCAUCACCGCAGGCUAUGGCCAGACUCAGAGUCGCUCAGUGCCUGUGUACGAGAUGAAAUUCCCUGACCUCUGUGUGUACUAGCAGGGGCAACUGAGAGGCGCUGGGGGGCCAGUGGUAGAGGAGGCUGAGUGGCUCCACCCAAGUCCUUCUCUUGCCUCUCUUUGACAGGGCUCAGCCCUCGUCCUCACUGUGAAAGCCCUGCAGUGUGAUUCUCAGCCUCCAGUGCCCCUUUGUCUGCCCUUCAACCCUGGAAGGGGAAAUGAAGAGAAGUUAAGAGAUGACUGUGAUGUUCUCCAGGGGGACACAUCUCAUCCCAGAAGGGAUUCAAGUUGUGUUCAGCAGGAGAACCCUGGGGUGUUUUGGGCCCCCCACUUCCAUCCAUUUUGUCAGCCAGCUAUUUCAUUGUAGCAAGAAUGUUGAGCUCCAUCACUGCAUCACCAGUGGCAUGGGGCACUGAUACGGUCUUCUGCUAAGUGCGUGUGAUUAUGGAGUAGGUGAUCCAGCCCACAGUUUUUUGUAUUCAUUAUGUCCGUAAUUGAUGUCUUGUAGUACAAAUGCUAAAUGUUGUCAUUGCAGUUAAUUACCUCUAGAUGUAAAGGUAAACAAAACUAUGAAGCAACAGCCAAAAUCAGAGAAACUAAAAACAAUAUUUGUUUUUUAAAUUUUACACUUUUUUAUAUUUUAUAAU